UGUUAUUAAUCUGUUUCCUUAAUGUUUUAGGUACUUGAUAAAAUAUGGCUUCAGCUUGAGACAUUAUGUGAUGAUCCGGCCACCUUUGAAAGCAUCAAUUUCCAGCUAGCUUUGGCUAGAACAUGCUCUGCUUUAGCACACACGGCACAUCCACGUUUAAUACACCAGUUCUUACUUCCUCGCCUGUGCCGUGUGAUAAUGGCUGGAAAGCAAAAUGAAGAAGAUGGUAUUAUUUUUGCUCUGGAGGUUCUAGAUGUCUACUCUGUACUAACUUGCUGCCAAUUGCCAGACCACGUUAUUGCUCACUUUGUACUCCCACCACUUCAUCAGCUCCAAAAAACCUUGGGCUGUUUAACAUUUGAACACAUGGAAACUAUAACUGACUUGAUAAGAGAGUAUGAUUUAAGAGGUCAGUCUUCACAGGGACUAGAAAGACGGAAAUCCAAUUUCUCCCUUGGCGGGACCUUGCCUGUCCAGACAGGAGUGGACGACAUGAAGAAUAAGAUGAGUAAAAUGUUUGCAUCUCGGCCGUCAGCUACUGUGUUGCAAGCAAAAGCACAGUCAAUCAAUGUCAGUCUACCAGGUUUCCUUAAGAAGAAAUAGUGACAGCAUCAUUGGUUGUAGUAUUUGUAUAUUAAAAAAAGAAGAAAAUUAUGAAUUAAUUUAUAUGAAAUAUCAGUUGCCUUAUCUUAGAAAAUAUACUGCAUUUUGAAAUUCUGAAAUUUUUUUUUAUUUCAUAUUGCAGAAUGGACAUUUCAUAUGCUAUAAUAUUUUGUGCAAUAUUUUCUACUCAAUGGGUAAUGAUUCCAUUUUGCCAUUGUGAACAUAUAAAUGUACUUGUUUUCACACAC